AUGGAGAUCAACCAUUUCAGCAUCGUCCUCAUCUCCCUCUCCUGUCUCUUCUCCUUCUCGGCUUCUACCUCUGCUCCUUCACCCCUUCCCAAUGAUGUUAUUAUAUCUGAUUCUGAGGUCCCGGCUUGGUCACCAUCUUCAGCUCCAUCUUCAUUCGAUGGUCAGUCUUUCAGCUUUAAACCCGAACGGGAAAAGAAUGAUCAAACAUUUACUAUAUUACCUGGCAGUGUCGAUCCUAACCUUCAGCGAAUCUGUGGAGACACUGACCACCCCAUCGAAUGUCUAACCACAAUUGUUCCAUUCCUAGGUGAAAAAGUUGCUAUAGAACCUGUUUCUAUCCUGGAAGUUGGGAUUCAAGCAAUGGAUAACAAGACUAAGGAAGCCUUGGCCGAGGCUUCGGAGCUCUUGCUAGAUCCCUCUACCCCAAAACACAUCGCUUCUUGCCUUGAAACAUGCAUCGACAGCUACAACGCCAUUCUCGAGAGCGAUCAGAAAGUCCUUGAUGCCAUCUCUAUUCGCGACCUUUACCAGUUAAGCAUGGAACUAAGCUCCAAUGUGGAGAAUGUACACGCCUGUGAGGAUGCGUUCGAAGAAGCUGACCUUGAGUCGCCAAUAAAGGAGAUGGAUUCAUUGCUUGGAAAGAUGAUUAGCAACAGUUUGGCCAUUGGUGUCGACAUGGUCCACUUUUAG